UGUUUUUUUUACGCACGGCGGCCGCACAGCGCGUAUCUCCAUCAUCAGCGGAAGCAGCACCGCGGAAAACAUGUCUUUUUCUUUCUGAAUCGACCGCUGUCUACCGCAAGCAUUGCGUCGGGUUCUCUAAGUGUAAUGAAUGCACCGCGCUGCGAGUUCACAGCGUCCCUUACCUUGAGUUGUCGCGGCUCUGGAGAAGUGUGGGUGCGUUUGUUUGCAGCCCCCUAUCCAAAAUGGAAACUCUGGUCCUGCUUGGUACCUGGACUCGAAGUACGUCUCUCCCUGAUGUACAAAGAGCGUCAGAGAGGUGAAGUAACCGCAGCCCCUGCUCUGGCACGACUGUCUGUUCUUCGCAUGCCUUUGCUUGUGUUAAAAUUCAUGCUGCUGUUUGCGCUGUUCGGUGGGACAGUGUGUGCCUGCGUAUUGAGGAAUUAUACCUUAUGGAUUGAGAAGCACGACUGUGCCCAGUGCGUGGCUAUUAACACUACCAUGUGCAGCGGCUACUGUUACACACAGGACACCAAUUUGAAGGGACGGUUUGGGAGGACUUUCCUGAUCCAGCAUAGCUGUGUGCCUCUCUCCCUGGCGUACCGAACUGCCUCCGUUCCUGGGUGCCCUCAGGAUGUCAACCCACAGCUGUAUUAUCCUGCGGCCCGCCGUUGCAGCUGUAGGCGCUGUGACGCACGCACACACCACUGUGUCCGCACCAGCCGAAUCUCCUAUGACCAGUGCUCUAUGACGCCUGGCAGUGUGAAGAACUAGAGCCAGUCUGCGACGGAAACCUGACAUCUGCUAAUACAAAUGAUGCACAUACAUGACAAAUGAUACAGCUGUUAACAUGAUGGACCAGCAGUGUUUAUGUUAUUGUAGUGCAUGUCAGCUCUGCAACUGUUCAUGUUAUGUUUUUUUCCAAACAAU